AUGGCUGGUUCAAUUGAAGAAAACGCAGCGUUAUACAAGAAGAAGGCCUUUACUUAUGUGCCGCCAUCGUCACCAGCCGACCUCAUUGAAUCCACAAGCUACACACUCGACUUUGCGGCCCGAAAAUUUAUACAAGUUGGUAUUCUAUCAGAUGAAAACUACCAGGUCGUUGUAAAUAUAUUAACUUCUUCGCGAUACGUUCAGAUUACUACAGACUUUUUAAAAAAAAUAUUUUCUUGUAUGGGACAUAUACUGUCCUUUAUACUGGAUACACCGCAGAAAUAUAAUCGCGUUAUAUUUUUCGAAGAUGAAAUAAUGAAACUAUCAUCCAUGGUAUAUACCGGUGAAAAUGUGUUGGUGAUUGAAGAUAAAACUCAAAUCGGAUGCAGAGUGUUAUUGAACCGGGAGGACCUUAUUCGACUACAAUAUCUGGAGCGGAGCAUUAUAGAAAGUAUUAUACGAAAAGAAGUAUACACCGUACCAUUAAUUCAUUACCAGUCCGAGGAGUUUGUGACAUAUCUACGCGAAAAAUGUACACAGAUGGAGUCGUCAGCUAAAAAUUUGGAUGAGAUGACGACAUUCAUUAAAAACGUACAAGACGAUCGAGAUAUAAAAUCUUUUCCAAACCUAUCAGCUCAAAUACAAAUGUGCUCAACUAAACAACUAGCAGAAUCUGUGCUAAAUAAGGUAAUUCAUAAAUAUAAUAUUACAUGUAGAAAAAAUAUUUAA